ACUGGCCCCUGAAACUCCAUACAGCCGCGAAGCAUCAUAACGACUAUUCAGCUGACCACUCUUCUUCCCUUCCAUCUAUUUAUUUCGCUCCAUAAAUUAAUCUCAAACUCCAAACAAUUCUGAUCAAUUCUCAUCGUGUGUGCCGACCAUUUCUUCUUCCCAUACCCCCACCCCACCCAACCCUCACCUCUCAAAUCUAUAUAUACAGACACACUGAUACGUUGCUCCAGCAUGUUUGACUUGCCACAGAUCUGUUAAACCAAGAACCAAAAUCUCCUUCAAAAAUGGCAUUUACCAGUUCUUGAAAUAAUCUAUUAUCAACCCAUUGUCCAAAAAAGGGUACUUCUUUUUCAAGAUUAAGUUUUUUUCCCCAAGAUUUUAAGCUAUGAAGAAAAACAGAGGUUUUAAAAUUGGACGGAGGCUGGUGAGAGUUUUCAGCUGGUUAAUUCACAGGAGAAGAAAUGGAAGAAUCGGAAACAAGAGGUUGAGUUGUGCCAGCAGAGCAAUUUCAAAGCUCUGUAAAUUGGGGUGUUUGUUGAAGCAGAGAGCAAAAGGACUCUGUUCUGCAAAACCCAAUUCGGGUUACAUCCGGGUCGGGCAAGAACAGAUUGAUCUGAAGCAGGUGAGUAUACCGAAGGGGCAUUUGGCUGUGUACGUGGGUGAGAAGGAGGAUGACACGUGUAGAAUUGUGGUGCCUGUGAUAUACUUUAAUCAUCCUCUGUUUGCUGAAUUGUUGAGGGAAGCAGAGAUGGUUUAUGGGUAUAAUCAUUCGGGUGGGAUCCAAAUACCCUGUCGGAUAUCCGAAUUUGAGAACGUUAAAUCAAGAAUCGCCGCCACGGGCGGUGGUGGAAACUGCCGUAUAGAGCUGAGCUGGAAGCAUAAUCACUGAUGAUCAGUGGCUGAGUCAUCGAUGGAGAAAAUUGUGGCGUGCAAAUAGUACAACCCUCCAUCCAGGCCGUGUGUUGGGGAGGUUUAGUUUAUGUUAAAAAAAAAAUUAUUCGAUGCAUUGAAUUUUCGCUAUAUUUCAUAUGAUGUCAAAUGUUCUGGGUGUGAAGGAUACCUUUGUACAAUUUUUUGUUAACCUUCUAGCUCAAUUCUCAAAUGAAAUGUAGUUUUUUUUAGCUAUUGAAA